CAGUGAGAACCAGAUUCAAGGGGUUCCCAGGAAAGCCUUCAGGGGAGCCGUAGAAAUAAAGAACCUCCAGCUGGAUUAUAACCAGAUCAGCUGUAUAGAGGACGGAGCAUUCAGAGCUCUACGAGACCUGGAAGUACUAACUCUGAACAACAACAAUAUAAGUCGUCUGUCAGUGGCAAGUUUCAACCACAUGCCCAAACUGAGAACCUUUCGUCUCCACUCCAACAACCUGUUCUGUGACUGUCACGUGGCCUGGUUGUCAGAGUGGUUGAGACAGCGUCCCCGUCUGGGUCUCUACACACAGUGCAUGUCCCCUCCUACCAUGAGGGGACACAACGUGGCUGAGGUCCAGAAGAAAGAGUUCGUAUGCACAGGCCACCAGUCCUCCCCCUCCUGCAGUGUUCUCCAGUGUCCGGACUCCUGUACCUGCAGUAACAACAUAGUGGACUGUAGAGGAAAGAGCCUUACUGAGAUACCUGAGAACCUGCCUGAGACCAUCACAGAGAUUCGGUUGGAGCAGAACUCUAUCAGGGCCAUUCCUGCUGGAGCCUUCUCUCCUUACAAGAAGCUACGCAGAAUAGAUCUCAGUAAUAACCAGAUAUCAGAGCUGGCACCAGACGCUUUCCAAGGCCUGAGAUCUCUCAACUCUCUGGUGCUCUACGGGAAUAAGAUCACGGAAAUCUCCAAAGGAUUGUUGGAGGGACUGUUUUCUCUUCAGCUACUACUGUUGAAUGCUAAUAAGAUAGCGUGUCUGCGUGUCGAUGCGUUCCAAGACCUCCACAACCUCAACUUGCUCUCUCUAUACGACAACAAACUACAGACCAUCGCUAAGGGAACCUUUGCUUCACUACGAGCCAUACAGACCCUGUAC